CAGCUAACGAGCUAAAGUUAGCAGCUAACGAGCUAAAGUUAGCAGCUAACGAGCUAAAGUUAGCUGCUAACGAGCUAAAGUUAGCAGCUAACGAGCUAAAGUUAGCUGCUAACGAGCUAAAGUUAGCUGCUAACGAGCUAAAGUUAGCUGCUAACGAGCUAAAGUUAGCUGCUAACGAGCUAAAGUUAGCUGCUCGGCUACAUGGUACAUUACGGUACUCCCGUCGCGUCAUAAUGACGUCAAAGGACAAUAUUUACAUUUAGCAGGCAGCCAGCUGUUAGUUACUGUUUCUGUUACUGUUAGCUGUUCUAUCUGACUUUUAGCUGUAGUAAAUGUGUUAACAGGUCGUGUCCGCGUUCAGGACUCUGCUGCAGUCAGUAGGAGUCUCUAGUUUGUGUGUUAUGGCUUCUUUACUGAGCUCCUCACUAGUCUCACCUGUCAGACUGGGUUGUUUGUACCUGAGCAGCAGAACCAGCAGCUGGAGGCUCUCUGCUAAAGGUCGUUUGGGUCAGAGGAGUUUGUGUCCAGGUGCAGCAGCAGCAGCAGCUCUCUGCAGACAAACAAAGUCUCCCCGGUGGAAUGGGACUCGAGGGUUUUUCUCCCGUGGUGGUGGCGGUGCAGCCGAGGAUCAGCAGACCCUGGAGGACAUCGCCAAGAACAUCAGAAAGCAGCAGUACAAGAGGGUGGUGGUGAUGGCCGGAGCUGGGAUCAGCACGCCUAGUGGCAUCCCAGAUUUCAGGUCUCCAGGCAGCGGUCUCUAUGACAACCUGCAGCAGUAUGACCUGCCCUACGCCGAGGCGAUAUUCGAACUAGACUUUUUCCAUCAUAACCCUGAUCCCUUUUUCGCCCUGGCCAAAGAGCUGUAUCCAGGGAACUAUCAACCCAAUCUGACCCAUUACUUUGUUCGACUGCUUCACAAGAAGAAUCAGCUCCUCAGGAUGUACACGCAGAACAUCGACGGGCUGGAAAGACUGGCCGGGAUUCCUCCUGAGAUGUUGGUGGAGGCUCACGGUACAUUCGCCACCGCCACCUGCACAGUCUGCCUGAGUAAAUACAAGGGAGAGGAGCUACGAUCAGAUGUGAUGCGAGGGACGGUCCCGAAGUGUCCCACCUGUAAAGGCGUGGUAAAGCCUGACAUCGUGUUCUUCGGGGAGCAGCUUCCACUUCACUUCUCUAAAUACCUCACAGACUUCCCGCUGGCCGACCUGCUGAUCGUCAUGGGAACUUCACUGGAGGUGGAGCCCUUCGCCAGUCUGGCUGGAGCUGUGCACAGCUCUGUUCCCCGUCUGCUCAUCAACAGGGACUUGGUGGGUCCGUUCGCCUGGCGGCGCCGGCCUCAGGACGUGGUGCAGCUGGGUGACGUGGUCAAUGGAGUGCAAGCCCUGGUCGAUGCCCUCGGCUGGACUCAGGAGCUCGACGCUCUGAUGGCGGCUGGUGCUGAGAAAGCUGCAACAAAGACAGAAGAGUGACGAUUUCACCACAUCAAGCUGGAAGUUUGACUUUAUUCACUCAUUGUAACAAAAACACCAACACUGCAAGACUAAAUCCAGACUUUGUGUGUUUUUACUGGGGUUCACGUGGUUAUAUUUGGAUCUUUGGUUGUAUCAAUGGAAACUCACAGACUGGCAAAUAAGGAACUGCUACAAAGGAAAUGUUUCUCAGUCAAAUAUCACUAGAACGCAGGUAAGUGACACGCAGGGAUAAUGUGGCGGAGAAAUCAAAUCGGGUACACAAUACAUAUAUGUGCAGCGGAUUGACCAUGUUGACCUAAUAAUAUGAAAGAUGUGCAAUAUUAUAUUUUAUUUAUUAGCCUCUAACGUCUUGAAAUGUGUCAAAAUGCUGCAUAUGAAAUGUUCGUAUGAAGUCAUUUAAUCUCACUGAAAUCACUGAAAAUUGCUGCUUUAGUGGAAUUAAAAGUCAAAACUUAAUAUAAAUAUUUAAGGUAAGGGAAAUACAGGAAUAUAAGAUGUUAUUUUAGCUUUUUAAGUUUUUCAAGACCGACUCAUAUGCGGGAAAAAUGAGAGGAGAGCAGUUGAUCAUUGUUUUGUCAUCACUUUUAUCUUGAAGUUCAUCAAAACAAUCUCAAGUUUCAUGCUGAAUGUCAGGGGACAUUGCACAUAUACUGUAUAACUCUUUAAAAACGGGUCACAAAUAUUUAGUUUCAUGUUUUAAAAAAGUUCUCAGUAAUUUUCUAAAACAGCUGCUCACUAUAGUUUUUUCUAUCAAGAGGAAAUAGUGCAUUUGUUGGGAACUAUUUUCAGCGGCGGAUUAAUCCACCUGUGGUGCUCUAUAGUGAGUAUUAGUGGCAGCAGGACGGUGUUUGUGGGAUUGAGUCAGAAUAAACUACAGUGUGUGUGUUCAUGGUGAUGAAGUAACGUGGGUUUUUAAAUGGAGCUCUGGCGCAGAGGAAGAAGAGAUAUAUCAGGCUCUCUGUACUAUGUGAAAAAUCUUAUUUAAAUAUUUUUUUGCCAUUGCUACAGUGGCGAUGCCGACAGGAAACAUUGGGAGAGAGAGAGAGGGGUAUGACAUACAAUAAAGACUAUAUAUAUAUAUUUUUG